AUGAGUAUGGCCCUUGUUGUACGCUGCCAACAUAUCCAAUUGCUCGGGAUUGUCCAACAUCACUCUCAAAUGUGGAACCUGGGUGCUCACGGCAACAAGCUCGUCGAGCGUGGACUCAUAAAUAGGCAAACUGAAGUGGAUAUCGUUGAUCUUACCUGCCUUGACCAACGGCAUCACCAUCCAUGCCUCUCUCAAAGUCGACACCACCACACGAUCGGUGGUCAGUUUUCCACUCCCAAGUUGCAAUUCCGUCCCCUCAACCGUCUUGUGGGUUUUCACGUGUGCCCGAAACGCUGCGUUCAACUUACGGGCAUUUUCCAACAUCAGCUCGCAAUUCCGACGGAAAAUUUUCCGAUCAACCACAAAGUUCGGGGUGGGCAACUCCGAGAUUUUGGCUCCUUUAAAGUGCGCCACAAGCGCCUGCUUAUCGGGAAGAGUAUUGAAAUCGGAACAAAAUGGCAUUUUGGUAUUUUUCACCGGUCGCUUAGUUAA